AUGCCUACACUGCCUACCCACCCACCUGAUUUCGUCCCAGGCGUCCACUUCACUCAAGAAAGAGUGGACUUAGACCCCGCUAAUUGGUUGUGGCCCGACAAGUUGAAGCUUAGACACUGGCUCGUUCAUGUUCAUGAAUUAGCAUUCGCAUGGGAUGCGACCGAGCGCACGCAUCUGGUCGAUGCUAUCCUCGAGGACCGCCCUGAGCUGAUCCAGCAAAAGGAAGAGUGGGUUCGUGACUGGACCAAACUGGUGCAGGAACUCAGUGACAACACGCUGAACUGCAAGACAUACAAUAUGAACCUCCCGCUCUCGUCGGAUGAGGUUGCCCUGGAUCGCAAGGCAGAGGAAGCUAACAAACUUUAUGCCGGGCAAAUUCAUGCCUACAAGAGCAAGGAGCGGCAGAUGGAGUUGGCGAAGGAGAAAGGGAAGGAGAAGGAGAAGGCGCAAGAGACGGAUGAAGCUAUGGAUGAGGCAGAUGGCAACGCUGAUGCAGAGGGAGAGUCGGAUGAAGAGGAGGCGGAUAAGGCUCCUCGCGCUGUCGCACCUGUGGUGCACCCUGUACCUUGCGCACGGUGCAUAAAGGCAAAGAAACCUUGUGUCGGUAAGCCCGGCAACUCUUGCGAACUCUGCAAGGACGCUCGCAAGAAAUGUGAGUACUCUACUCAUAGGCGUGGAGUUGCCAAGAAGAGGGCUGCUGCACGCGCUGUUGCGGCAAAGCCCAGCCAGGUUGAGAUCGCCUCAGCGGUAAAGGCGCCCUCUGCUCCUGCUCCAAGUUCCUCUGUGGGGUGGGGUGUCCUUAUCCGCCAUCCUAGGGAAACUCCGGAAGAUGCAACUACCGCAAAUUCUGAAGGUGAGGAGGAGGAAGAAGAGGAGUCGGUAGAAGACUCGCGCAAGCGAAAGUCGCCCGAUAGUCGGGAGGUAGAGUUCGACCUCCUGGCGGACGCUGAUGGCGAUGAGGAAGACCUCUACCUGGAAGGUAAAGUGCGGGCGCUAUACGCCAAGAUGUUGACUAUGCAAGGGAUGCUUAUGGAGAUGAUGAUGGAAGUGGAUUCCUUGGCGGUACGCUGCAAGAAGAGGAGGAGGAUCCAGUAG